AUGGAAGGCAUUGGACUGGCAACGGCAUCAGGAAGCGGGGUCGGAACCCUCCGAAAAGGCACCGUGAUUCUCAGCUGUCCAUUUCUCCCCUGCCCUCAUGGCACACACGGCGCUUCUGCCGUGCGCCGCUCUCAUGCCCACUAUUGCACCACGCCAGCCACGGCAGCAGCAGCAUCGCUUAGAGUGGCGAGGGCGGCAGGAGCAGCAGUGCGAAGAGGUGUGAGGGCGGCAGCAGCAUCGGAGGGGGAGAACGGGUCGUUGAGGACGCAGCCAGGCCAGGAGCAGGAGGCGGAGGCGAGGGGCGAGGGCGGGGAGGCGGACCCCGUGUUGGAGGAGGCGAGGCGGCGCAGGGCGGAGUGGCAGGCGCCGGCGCCAACGCGCGUCGAGGAGAUUCUGGACGUGCUGUUUGUGUUCGGCGGGCUGCUGGACCGCCCGUUCGGGUCGGGGCAGAGCAUCGCGGCGGCAGGGCGCGUGGUCCUGGCGCGCGUGGAAAAGGAAGUGCAGGCGCUCAGGCAAGAGGGCGAGGGGGGCUCUGCUGCUGCUGCUGCUCCUGUGCGCACUGGAGCGGCGGCUGUUCCGCGGAGUGGGAUGGAGGGUGUAGCAGCGGAGGGAGCAGCAGCAGGCGGGGGUGGUGAAGGCGGGAAGGGGGGGGCGGUGAACCGGCAGCAGGUGCUGUUCGAGUUGACGCGGGUGGUGCAGCUGCUGGGGGUGGACAUGCAGAUGGUGGGCGCUGCUGUCAAGGAGGAGACGCUGCUGAAGCGCCUCGAGGAGGCCAAGAGCCACUGCCAGCUGGCAAUGCGCCUUGCCAACAGCUUGUGA